GGAAAAGCCACGACAAAUAAGAGUGAAAGCAACUUAGUUUUUGUCUAAAAUAGUUUAAAAACUAUGAAUUUUACAUAUAAAAAAUACAUUGAAUAUUAAAGAUUUGAACUUUAAAAUAUAUUUAAACAAAACAUAUAGCUCACUUUUGCACAGAUUAAUUUUUGAAAGAAUUUACCUGAAGGGUAAUUGAUGGUUGGAUCGAAAAUGUCUUUUCUUAGGGGUUCAACAAAUUUUGUGUGGUGUACUACUAGCGUUUUAGGUAAAGGUGCAACUGGGGCAGUAUUUCAAGGUGUAAAUAAAAACAAUGGUGAAUCAGUGGCCGUAAAAACUUUUAACCAAAUGAGUCAUAUGCGCCCAAUGGAUGUUCAAAUGCGUGAAUUUGAAGUCCUAAAAAAGGUUAAUCAUGAAAAUAUUGUGAAGCUCUUAGCAAUUGAGGAUGACCAAGAGGGGCGCGGUAAAGUUAUUGUUAUGGAACUUUGUACUGGCGGAAGUCUGUUUAAUAUUCUUGAUGAUCCAGAAAAUACAUAUGGUCUUCCAGAAAAAGAAUUUCUAUUAGUUUUAGAACAUUUGUGUGCUGGUAUGAAACAUUUACGUGAUAAUAAUUUAGUUCAUAGAGAUUUAAAGCCUGGAAAUAUAAUGAAAUUUAUAUCGGAGGAUGGAAAAACCGUAUAUAAAUUAACAGAUUUUGGAGCAGCCCGCGAACUGGAAGAAAACCAACCAUUUAUGUCUUUAUAUGGUACUGAGGAAUAUUUACAUCCAGAUAUGUAUGAACGGGCUGUGUUACGCAAGUCAGUUCAAAGAUCUUUUACAGCUAAUGUUGAUUUAUGGUCCAUUGGCGUUACAUUAUAUCAUGUAGCAACCGGGAACUUACCAUUUAGACCCUUUGGUGGACGAAAAAAUCGUGAAACGAUGCAUGUAAUAACAACACAAAAAAAUUCAGGUGUUAUAUCAGGUAUUCAACUAACAGAAAAUGGUCCCAUUGAAUGGUCAAGAACAUUACCAGCGCACUGUCAGUUAAGUGAAGGUUUAAAAACGUUAGUCACUCCAUUGUUAGCAGGCCUCCUAGAAGAAAAUCGAGAAAAAAUGUGGUCAUUUGACCGUUUUUUUCAAGAAGUUACACAUAUUUUGAGCAAAAGAAUAAUUCAAAUGUUCUAUAUUAAUAACGUUACCCGAUAUGAACUGUUUUUGGAAUUGGAUGAUAAAUUCGAUGCUCUCCAGGAACAUAUUUUUGUUCAGUGUAAAGUGAGACCUGAAAAUCAAAUAUUAUUUUAUGGAAAUGAUUACUUAGAAACUAAAGUAGGAACCCAAACUAAUAUUAAAGGUUAUCCAAAAAUUGAUUUAGAUAAUCCAAUAUCUUUAUUUUCCAAAGAUAACAAUAAUGUGCAGUUACCACAACAAUUGGAAUUACCAAAAUUGCCAACUUUUCCAAACAGUGUUUCAGUGGAGAAUGAUGCAAGUUUAGCAAAAGUUGCUUGUAGUGUUGGUCAUGAAUGUAAAAGAAGAAUAGAAACUUUAACAAUUGUCGACAAAUUAAUCAAACAUGGUGUGGAAGAGUUUGUCGAAACUCACAAAAAAAUAUUAACGAAAUUAAAAUUAAAAAGUGAGAGCCUUGAUGAAGUUAUGUCAACAGCAAUUGAGUUAGCUGAUGCAAUAUCAAUUUUACGCGAUAUCAAAAUGCAUUCCAAAACCGAUUGGUUAGAACUAGAUAUGUUAAGAAAAGAUUUUGAUGAAGUAUUUGAACGUAUACAACAGCUAUAUCAUAAGUUUGUUAAUGAAAAUUCAUUAGCGCAAGAAUGGAUAUCUUCAAUGAAAGGAAGGCAAUGUCCAUGUGAAUCGCGUUCUAGUGAACGUGCAAAAUAUUUUGUUGAAAGGUUACGAGACUCUUGGCAACAUCUAUUAAGAGAUCGAGCGACACGAGCUUUGACUUAUAACGAUGAACAGUUUCAUGCUUUGGAAAAGAUAAAAAUAGCCGGAAAUAGUAAAAAAUUGAGAUCUUUAUUAAUUGAAGAUGUCCAAACUAGUAUAGCACAAAUUGCUGAGUGUUUAGCAGACUGGUAUAAGCAUGCCCAAGCAGCCUAUUUAAAAACAGAAAUUUUACAAAAAGAUAUAGCUGAUCAAGAAAAUAGACUUAUGGAUAUAAGACAUAAACUUUUUGAAAUAAAACAUAGUAUCAAGAUAGAUGAGUGCAUUCGUAGGGAAAAUGAAUUGAAUACUGUGUGCAAAAUAGAGUUGAAACAGAAAUUAAAAACUUUGUUUGAACAGGAAAAUGAAACUAAAUUAAUUUUAAAACAAAAUAACGAAUUAAUAAAACAAAUAAUAAAAUUGCAUUUAGAUAAUGAAGAAGAAAAUUGUGAUUCAAAUAAUGUUAGUAGGCUGUAACUCUAUACAUUAUUUUAUAUAAAGCGAAUGUAUUUUGACUAAAAACUCUUGUUUUUUUAUUGUGCCGAAAAAACUAAGGUUCAUAUAAAACUGUGGUAAACUGUUAUUUAUUAAUUUUACUUGUUCAUUUAAAAUUAUUUGAGUUUAAAAAAUAUGUAUGUAGGUAGGAUAAACUAUAAAAUAAUGCAUAAUAAAAUUUUAUAAUUGAAAUUAUGAUAAUAAAGAUAUAUAAUA